GCGCCGGAAGUGAAGAACACUACUUUGUACUUUGGUACAUUUGGUUUUAGACAGUCUAGCGUUAGUGGAUUUGGUCAUCUGAUAACCUGAGCAUAGGCAGCUUGUUAGGUAAUUCAUUUUCCGAAUGUGAUUAUUCCACGACAGUUGUUGUACACAACAACCGCAAUGGCUACUCCUUCAAACCUAGUAGCCAAACGUGACCGACGCUUCAAGUGGGCUAUUGAAUUUGGAAGUGGUGGAAACAGGGGUCGAGGAGAAAGGGGGGGCCCACAGGACAACAUGUAUCCUGUGGGCUAUUCAGACAAACAGGUCCCAGACACCAGUGUUCAAGAAUCUGACCACAACCUGGUGGAGAAGCGAUGCUGGGACAUAGCUCUUGGGCCCCUCAAGCAGAUCCCCAUGAACCUCUUUAUUAUGUAUAUGGCUGGGAACACAAUUUCUAUCUUUCCCAUUAUGAUGGUGUGUAUGAUGGCGUGGAGACCAAUCCAAGCUUUACUCGCAACACCAGCAACCUUCAAGCUCCUAGAAAGCUCUGGCCAACGGUUCCUACAAGGUUUGGUCUAUUUGAUUGGAAAUCUUCUUGGCUUGGCACUAGCUGUUUACAAGUGUCAAUCAAUGGGGCUUCUUCCCACUCAUGCAUCAGAUUGGCUAGCUUUCAUUGAACCACCAGAGAGAAUGGAAUUCACUGGAGGAGGCCUCUUAUUGUGAUGCAGAGAGAAAUCCUUAGUAGAAACCUCAUAUUGAGAUGGGAUGCGGAAUAUACCAGAGGCAGCUUACUGUUUGAAUAAGACUAUGCUCAUCCUGCCCUUAUACCAGUUUAUUUGUUAAUUUAUAAAUUAUUCACCCCUCUACAUUCUGUUUCUUCCUCAUUAGCCAUAAAGAACAGUUAACAUGUAGCUGCUAUAAAACUAUUUAUUUUGUUCUUGUCAUAGUAUAGAACAGUUAUCUCAAAAACAAACGCACGCAGACAUGAACAUACAGAACCCGUGUAACAUUUAGUGAGGUCCAUAAAAUAGGAACACAAAAGGUUUGAUCUUUCUUGCAGCCGUGGCUACAACCUGUAUCCCGCAAAGAAGUGGCAUAAGCCACACACUGAAUUUGGGAUAAAAACUAAACACUUUUAAUGGUUGAUAAUAAAAAUAAAUUAUAUAA